AUGAGGCCGCGUAGGCGGCCGCUGGCGCUGCGGCUCUUGGCGUGGCUGCGCGGCGGAGGGGGCAGCGAGCCAGAGAAGCGCGCCCAGGGCCAGGGGGAGGGCGGGGAGAAUGAUGCGGCGUGCGCCAACGGCUGCGCGGAUCGGCCUUCCGACCCCGGGGGGCCUCUCGCUCUGCACGGGCGACGCAGCGCCGGCCAGGGCGCUGCCCCCGGCCGCGGGGGGGAUGCUGCGAUUGGCGUGGAGUCCACGCUGCGCGACAUACCGCUGGACCAGCUGGAUGUCGAGGCGCGGAUGAUGCUGUCGCCCAAGCGCAUGCGGGCGCCUCUCCGGCGCGUGUACAAGUGGGGGGAGCUGCUGGGCACGGGGGGGUUCGCCGCCGUGCGGCUAGUGACCCACAAGCGCACGGGCGAGCGGUGCGCGUGCAAGGUGAUGAAGCUGCCGGCACGGGACGCGCCGCCGCACGAGCUGAGUCGGGCUGAGGUGUUCAGGGAGAUCGAGAUCCUGUCCAACACCAACCACCCCAACGUGCUGGCGCUGCGCGAGUUCCACGUGGGGCGGGAGAUGGUGUACAUCGUGACGGAGCUGCUGCAGGGCGGGAUGCUGCUCGACGCGCUGCUGGAGAGGGAGGAGCACAGGUACACGGAGGACGACGCGCGGAUCGUGUUCAGCCAGUUGCUGGAGGGCGUUGGCUACCUGCACGACCGCGAUGUAGCACACCGCGACCUGAAGCUGGAGAACCUGUUGCUUGUGGAGAAGGGCAAUAUCAAACACAUCAAGAUCGUGGACUUUGGGUUGGCGAAGCGCACCAUGAAUGCCAUGACUACUGCAGCAGGUACGCCCCAGUUUGUGGCACCAGAGGUGCUGCGGCGGGAGGUUCAGGCUUAUGACAAGUCAGUGGACAUGUGGAGUGCAGGUGUCAUCCUGUACAUUCUGCUGGCGGGCUUUCCACCAUUCUAUGACCCAAAUGAGGCCGUGAUGUACUCCAAGAUCAGGUCGGGGCAGUACAGCUUUGCGGAUCCAGUGUGGCAAAAUGUCACCAAGGCGGGCAAAGACCUGGUGUCCAAGCUGCUGCAGGUGAACCCCACCCAGAGGCUAGACGUCAGAGGUGCGAAGGAGCACGAGUGGAUGACGGGCGAACUGCCCAGGGAGGACUCUGCACCCCUGGCGGCAGCUCACGCCAAGCUGGCCCACCCCAAGUUGCUCAAAGCUGCAGGCAUGGUGGUCAUGGCGAUCAAUGGUAUGAGGCGGGAGCAGCUUGGGGAGCAGCUGGAGUUGAGCUUGGGAAGCAGCCAGGAGCAGUCUGAGGAACUGUCCUUGGCGGGUAUGGUCGGAGAGAAGAGCAGCCAUGGCGAGCACCAUGCUUUGGACUCUCAGGAGCUGGCUGAAGAGGAUGGGGGGAGCCUGUUGUCACCAUCGAGCCCUGCUGGAAUGAAGGACAGGGACCGCCUGCUCUCAGUGGACGCCCCCAUGGGCGCUGCGCCCGACCACAUUGACCCACCCCACGAGGGCUCGCCAGGGCCAGGCCACCAUGGGAGGCAGGUGCCAGAUGGAAUGGUGUUGAAUUCUGUGUCAAAUGCUGGGCAGCCGGCAGCCACAGGCGCCGCUCCUGAGUACUUGAACCUCACUGCCGUCCUGUCCUUGGGGGAUGAGCAUCACACGAGGCGCGCCUCGGAUGGCAACCUGCUCACCACGGUUUCGGAUGGAGCUGAAGCGCUGUCCAGCUAUGGGAAUGCAUCCCCUGUGAGCUACCCUGGUAGGGGGGGCCUGGCCGGGUCCCCACCCCCUGGUAGGGAGUCGCCGGUGAGCUACCCUGGCCGAGGGUUGUUGCCAACAUACCUGCAGCCCUUUGAGGAGGAGGCGGAUCCCCCGUCGGGGUCUGAGCCUGCGAAUGGCAUAGUCAGCCGCAAGAUGCACGAUCGGCCGUCCUAUCCCACAUUCAAGUUGGUGAAAACAGAGGGUGGGCAGCAGGGGAAGAGGGCCAGAGUGGGCAGGCAAGGGAAGGGCAACAGAUCACUGUCCCUUCCAGCGCCCCGCCAUAAACAGAGGUAG